CCUUUCAAAAAAGGAAGGGUGCAAAGUGAGACGUAUUUGCUCCCCCAGCUGCCCGUUGCUUUCAUGAGCGUUCUCUCUGGCUGCGCUGAGUCUGUUUCUCCGCGCUUCAUGCCGAUUGACUUACAAAGUCCAUCAUUAACCAAGCCGCUGAGUUGAUGUUCAUUGAAUAUUCUUGCAGUUGUGGAAGUGUAAAAAGAUCAGAGAUGUUGUUGUGCAGGAUGGCUGUGUCUGGAGACUUUUCUUGGAAACGCCUGGUCACUUUACUUCUGCUUUUGUUGCUGCAGCAGACAACCAAAGCCAUCCACUCAGAUUGUGAUCUGGUGCUUCAGCUCAUGAAGAAGCAGCAGGACUGCAUGCACAUCACACAACAAGAAGAAAGCUACUUUCCUACAUCUACAGGCUGUCAAACGGCGUGGGAAGACAUUCACUGCUGGUUCCGUGCUGAGGUGGGCCAGGUGGUGGCUGCGUCCUGCGCCAAUAUCUCCCAGCUCUUUCAGCAGCAAGGUUACAUCUACAGGAACUGCACGGAGCACGGCUGGUCGGCGGUCUAUCCAGCCUACACGGAAGCCUGCCAGUUUGCAGAAGACAUCCAAUCAGAGCCACAGACGACAUACUUCUCCAACUUCCAGCAUGUGUACACUGUCGGCUAUGCAACCUCCUUCAUCUCGCUUGUAUCGGCCAUCUUUGUCUUCACGAUCUUCAGGAAGUUCCACUGCACCAGGAACUACAUCCACAUCAACCUCUUCUUCUCCUUCAUUCUGAGAGCCAGCGCCGUUUUCAUUAAAGACUCCGUUCUUUUCUCCGACCACGACCACGACCAUUGUUUCAUGUCAACGACGUCGUGUAAAGCAGCCGUGGUCUUCUUUCAGUUCAGCAUCCUGGCAAACUACUUCUGGCUCUUGGUGGAGGGAAUGUAUCUUCAAACCCUGCUGGCUCUCACCUUUGUCUUCCAGAAGAAGUACUUCUGGUGGUACAUUCUCAUCGGCUGGGGUCUGCCAGCAGUAGUCCUAAGUGCAUGGAUGUUGGCCAGGAAGCUCCAUGACAACAGAGGCUGCUGGGAUGACACUGACGUGGCCUUCAUCUGGUGGAUCAUAAAAGCUCCAAUAACGGCAUCGUUGCUGGUAAACUUCAUCAUCUUCAUCAACGUCAUACGCAUCCUGCUGCAGAAACUACGCCGUCCCGCUGUCGGCGGCAACCAUAGCAACCACUUCAAGAGGUUGGCCAAGUCUACGUUGCUGCUGAUCCCACUCUUCGGGAUGCACUACAUGAUCUUUGCAUUCCUUCCAGAAAACGCGGCGACGGACGCUCGGAUUUUCAUCGAACUGGGUUUGGGAUCCUUCCAGGGAUUUGUGGUGGCGUUGCUCUACUGCUUCUUAAACGGUGAGGUGCAAGCGGAGUUGAAGAAGAGGUUUUGGAAGUGGCAGACUGAGAAGUAUUUGCAGUGCAGGAAACAGCGAGGAGGUUUAUCUACCGAGAGCAGUACAGUUACUCAAAUAUCCAUCUUGGACAAAUGUAACCCCAGAGAUCAGCCUGGCGACGUGGUCAGCGUUCUGCCAUUGUGCGACCUCACCUCCGUCUGACCAACGUCUGUCCUUGCACUUUUUGCCGACAUUGCAGUAUCUCCCACUUGUGUACUUUUCUCAUUUAUUUUCCAAAUACAUCUACUCUGUAGUGUUAUUUCAAUGUUCAAAUGCAGGCUUACAGGCCACACUAGCUGGGUGGAUUCCACAAAGCAGCUUAAGUGAAAACUCUCAGUAUGUAAACCCUGAAAUGUGGGAAAUUGAGGUUUUUCCUGUUUAAAGAGAGGGAAGUCGCGUUCAGAGUCAGUUGCUAUGGUAACCUUACCUGCCGGUUAAUUGUUUUUCAUGUCCUUUAAACGGGAAUGGGGCUUUCAGACAUGAUGUGUUUGUGCCUUUGUGGUCAGUCCAUGUUCAAAAUAAAUUAAAUUCCUGAAGAUUUAUGUCAGGAGAAGAUCUUGAGGCCAUGAUUAGUUUGAUUAAACUAUAAUUACCUAA